GGACAUUGGAAGAUUUCUAAUGCAUGAGGCUGAAGAUGCUGAAAUGAGUAUUUACGAGCUUGUAAUACCUGCAUAUACAAAAGGUACAGUCGUGCCGUGCUGCGCUCGAUCAACAGUUGACACAACACAUAUACGUCCUGGAUAACCAGCUCUACUUUGGUGAUUAUCGAAAAACACCAGGGUGGAAAGCCAUCCCACUGGAGGAUACGAUGGCAGCGUCUUCGUAUCAUAAUUCGCACUCCACCAUAGCACGCGAACAAAACCAACAUCUCCUCUCCCCAGCUCUAUCAUCCCCUGGUUUCUCAUCGGGCCAAUCGACACCAUUAAAACCAUACCAUCCCGCCUUGCCGAACAACCCACACUAUCAGCACGAACCCACCUUUGCAGACUUCCAUAAUACACAUGUAGCGAAGAAAGAAGAUGAUCGCCUCAAAGCAAACAUCCGCCGCCUGCGAAUGGUCUCCCGAACCCUCGCUUUCCUCAUUUCCGUCGCAGUCCUUGUGCCCAUAAGCAUGACGCUCAUCAAAUUCCUACGCACCCAAAACGUGUAUCGCACCGUCACCACCGCGCCCGGCUCAACGAUAACGCGCACCGCCUGGGCAAAAGAUACAAAAGCAUGGCCAACAUACAUGUACUUUGCCGUCGCUCUGGUAUCCGCCGUACUAAACUUUGUCACCAUCUUCAGUUACAAGACCGGCGUUGGCAAAGCGAACACCGCUAGUCUCGUCGCGUCAGGAUUUAACUGGGGUGUCAUGAUUGGGAACUUAGCUGUGUGGUGUGUGGCAGCGACCUUGUACCGGACUGAGAAAGACAAAGGCGGGAAGCACAAUGAUCUUUGGGGGUGGACGUGCAGUGCGCCGGCGAGGGCGAUACAGAGGGAGUUUGCGAACGAAGUGGAUUUCAACAGAUAUUGUUCUGUACAGGGUGUGAGCUUCCAUAUUGGCGUUGUGCAGGCUGUAGCAUCACUGCUGACAGUCGUGACUUAUGUCUUUGUGCUUUUUCGGAAGCGGUCGAAGAAGAACCUGCAAAGACUGUCGGUGAUCGCGCCUGUAAGCUGUUGAGUGUUGUACUAGGAUCGCGGGUAGAGAUAUGGAAACGGAGGAAGACCCCCACAAAACGCAAAUCGAAAGACGAAUGAAUAAUUGGGAUAGCAUUGGUUUUUGUACGUUGGGACUUCUAUGACGCAUUCAUGAUAGAAUGUAUGCAUAUAAAAGUAUAUGUAUCAUAUCCAAGGAGCGAAAAAGACGU